AUGACAUCCCAGCCCCUUGCGGCCGCCUUGGGAAAACCGAUUGAAGAUGCUGGCGAAGAAACUUUCUUAUUGUUCAGCCAAGACAUCCCAAGCAACAAUCUAGGCUUUGUCGACUCCAAAGCUGAUUCUUUGGAGGUUGAAAUCGCUGGCCAUGAGUAUAUCCUGCGGCAAUCUCCAGGCCUGCUCCACUCCAAUAGAGGAGAAGGAACUACAGGGGCUGUGAUCUGGAAGAUUACUCCACUCCUGGCUGCCUGGUUGACCUCUCUGCCUCGAAUACUGAGUGGCGUUCUACAUAACAGGGCAGUCGUUGUCGAGCUUGGCUGCGGCGUCGCCGGCUUGACAGGCUUGGUCCUGUCGAGGUUGGUGCAAUGCUAUGUCCUCACAGAUCAAGCCUACGUGAUGAAAUACUUGAAGGAGAACAUAGCUGCCAACGCAACGACUCCGAGAGAAAAGAAGACUUUCAAAAAGAGAACCAAUGAGAAAAAGUUCACCCCAGGGGAACGCCUCAAGGCCUUAGCCCUAGAUUGGGAGGUGGACAGCGUUCAAAAUCUGAAGUCAGCCAUCCCCCCAGGAGCUCCGAUUGACCUGUUAAUAAUCUGCGACUGUGUUUACAAUGAGUAUCUCAUCUCUCCUCUGGUGCAGACUUGUGUGGAUAUCUGCCGUCUGGGGUCAACGGCAGCAGAUGCGACAGUGGUUCUGGUGGCUCAACAGCUUCGCUCUGACACGGUAUGCGAGUUAUUUUUGGAUGCAUUAAUGAAAGAAUUCAACGUAUGGCGCAUCCCAGAUAAUGAGCUCUCGUCACAGCUACGGUCUGGCUCCGGAUAUGUGGUCCAUCUGGCCAUCCUGAGGGAUCAGGUCAGGAAGGCAGAAUAG